AUGUUGCCCCCGGGCAAUAGGGGAUCAUGGGGCCCCUGUGUCCUCGCCCACACUCAAACCACACCCAAAAAAGCCUAUGAAAGGUACCAGGGGCAUCUCAUGGGGCCCCCUACUGACCCCGGGCCCUCGGGCAGUGCCCGAGUUCCCAAAUGGUCAGUCUGCCCCUGUUCCUGCAGUUAGAGCAAUCUUAAGAUUUCAGCAGAGCACUGUUUAAAGCUUGUAGGAGGAGUUUUAUUUCUGUUCUAGGAGGAUGCAAAACCCCUGACCUCUUUUUGGACAGUGCUGAUUGGCCUUGUGCUGAUCACCUACACUCUCAC